AUGAAAAAUACGAUUGAACUCUCCAAACAAUUCAAUCUGCUAAUUCAGGUACCAGCAGGACCACUUGGAGGACGAGGUGAACCCGGCCUUCCGGGUCCACCUGUGAAAUUUGAGAGGCUGUCGAGCCCGGUGGACAUCGUUCAUCUGGUUGUGGCGUCCAGAACCUCGCUGGUCCUUCGAUUAGUGAUCUGGUUACUUCGAGACAUUACGUGA